AUGUGGCUGGUCCUGGCUGUGGUGUCCAUGGCUCAUGGGAUGGUGUCUGGGCAAUGCCUCUUGGAUUUCCCAUUCCCUAAGAAUCCAGAAGCAAAGAUGAACAUUAGUGAAAUGGUCUCCUUCUGGGGAUACCCCACUGAGGACUAUUAUGUGGUGACAGAAGAUGGUUAUAUCCUUCAGCUCAACAGAAUUCCCCAUGGCAAAGAGAAUGUUAAAUGCCAAGGUUCAAGACCUGUCGUGCUCCUGCAACAUGGUAUAUUGGCAGAAGGAAGUAUGUGGGUGACCAACCUGCCCAACAACAGCCUGGGCUUCCUCCUGGCAGAUGCUGGCUAUGAUGUUUGGCUUGGCAACAGCAGAGGGACCACUUGGUCUAGGAGACAUCUGAUCAUGUCUCCCAAACAGGACAAGUUCUGGGCUUUCAGCUUUGAUGAAAUGGCUAGAUAUGACCUGCCAGCAAUGAUAAAGUUUAUUGGAGAGAAAACAGGCCAGAAACAGAUCUAUUAUAUUGGGCAUUCACAAGGCACCACCAUAGGUUUUGUAGCCUUUUCCACUAUGCCUCAGCUGGCACAGAAGAUCAAGAUGUUCUUUGCUCUAGCUCCUGUGACCACAGUGGUAUUUGCUAGGAGUCCAUUCAGAAAGCUUGCCUUCUUUUCUGACUAUGGGCUCAAG